UAAAUGAGUCUCUGUCCAUCAGUGAUUCAGUGCUCGUCUUCGAAUGUCUGUGAUCAACAUCACAUGUGAAAGUCGUUGAUAGUUUAUUUUACUUUAUCAACACAGUAAACAGACAUCGAUUUAAUGUUUGACCUGCAUAAAGCGCAAAUUUAAAUGGCAUCACGUGACGUGGUGUUGUAUGUUAUGUAUCAUGCACUUCCGGUGAGGUUUUGUAACAAUGAUGGUGCGUUUAUUAUGUAAGUUAAUUCUCCACAGUUGAGAGACAGUGAGUGUGUGUUUGUUCACUGCAGCGGAUCUCAUUGUUUACAGUUCUGUAGCUGCUUCAUCUGCUGAUCUCAGAUCAUGUGGUGUGUUUUACCGUGGUAAAUGUGCGUGCAGAUGUGUGAGGUGCGGCGGGCCGUGGCUGAGGCGCUGUGGGGAAUGUGUGCGGCGGAUGCCGUGUCCAUGCCCGUCCACUGGUACUACAACACGCGGGACAUCAGGAGGGACUUCGGCGGCUGGAUCAGGGGACUGACGGCGCCGCGGGACACACACCCGUCCAGCAUCCUCCGUCUGUCCAGCACAGCUGGCAGCGGACGCACGGCCGGAUCCAACGCGACUACGCCUCCUGUGGUGGGGAACGUGAUUCUGCACGACAAGCUGAAGUUCUGGACGGAUCCACGCAGAUCAGUGCACUACCAUCAGGGUCUUCCUGCGGGUGGAAACACACUGAACGCUCUCUGUGCUCUGAGAGUCAUGCGUGUUCUGUCGGGCGGCGCGUUCGGCGCGGCUGAUCCUGAAGCGCGAGCCGCCGUUCUAUCAGAUUACGUUGAGUUCAUGACGCGUCCCGGCUCACACGAUGACACGUACGCCGAGUCCUUCCACAGGAGCUUCUUCUCUGACUGGCAGGAACUCAGACCCACAGCACCUACAGAGGUUCUGGAGUUUGCGGAGCGGCGCUCCGGACGCAUGUUGAACUCGCCCCGCGCCGACGGGCAGCUGAACGCUAUCGGAUGUCUUCCCAUGGCCAUUCCCUUUGUCCUGAUGUCUGCCUCAGCCAAUGAGGAGGAAGCAGUCGGUGCGGCGGUGGAGUUUGUGAAGCUCACUCAUCCUCACCCGGCGCUGGAGCCGCUGGUGUCUCUGUACGCACGAGCGCUUCACGCCACACUGAACGGAGCGUGUCUGAAACAGCAGGCGGAGACGGCGCUCAAAUCACCCGCGCUGGACGCCUGGGACGCGUGUCGGCAAUUCGUACAGCGCGCAGAGAGGUUUCCAGGAUCAUCAGAGGAGCGUCUGAAGGUUCAUCAGAGCGCCGUGGAGUCUCUGGGACUCGCCUGCUACACGAAAGGAGCUCUCAGCAGUCUCUUCUACAUGGCCUACAGCUUUCACAAUGACGUGACGGAGGGGAUCCUGACCAACACCAACUGUGGAGGUGAGAACUGUAACCGCGGGGCCGCAUUAGGGGCUCUUCUCGGCGCUCGGGCGGCGUAUCUCGGCUCGGUCGUGCCGCAGGAGUGGAAGGACGGGCUGGUCGACGCUCCGGAGCGAAUCGCUGGCGUCCUGCGAGAUCUGAACAGAUCCGCAUCAGUCUGAUGUUCUCUACUUAUGAACUUCCCCCUGCACUGCUGUGCUGUUUCAGCUCUUGACUCUUUAUACAUCUUUCUCUCUGCUGUUCACACACACACAUACACACACGCGUGUGCUGCUGGCACAGGAAGUGUUGCCCACAGAUGUGGUUUCCAGCCUGCGCUGUGGAAGACUUUCCUCUCGUCUGUAUACCUGCGUCUCUGCUUUCACAUUCUGACCUACUUGCAUAAUUCUCGCAUUAGAAAUGCGUCUGUUAUAGAUUGAGUAAACGGUAAUCAGAUGCUGAUGCUUUAAAGAUACUCAUUAGAGCGUGUUUGAGACAUUAACGUGUCAGUCGAUGUGUUUUAGAACAUGCAGUCGCUGUGUGAGUGAUAUCUGUGCACAUUAAACACUCAAGGAAACUCAUCUCAGUUUGAAACUGAAAUAUAGUCUUGCGUUUUUUUUCUUUAACCAUCAGAUUCUAAAUGCUUCCAUAAACAGUGUCUGUGAUACAGCAUCUCACUUGGAUUAUUUGGUGAUGUAGAUGUAGCGACUUGCGUCUGUUAGUUUUAGUUUCUAGUCUAAUCUGGUGUGCAAUUAUGUACCUUCUGAAUUAUGCAUUAUAAUUUAACUUCAGUUUACUUUAAGACUCUUUAAUUUAAUGAUUUAAUAAUGAGUAUAGCAUGCACACUAUUAUAUGCACUAUACAUGAUCUUCAUGCAGUAAUUCAAAUUAUUUUUCAUUAAUUUCAGUAAUUCUUCAGUAACACUUCAGGCCCUCGGCGAACAUGCUGUUGUGUUUGUGUUUGCUUUUCUUUUAAUCGUAUUCGUAUGUAACUCAUUUUUUAACUCGCUGUGAAUCAGUGAGUAUUGUUCUCUGUGUCUUAUUGUGUGUUUGCAGCAGCUCUGAAUGGCGGUACGUGAGCUCAACAGUGUUUUUGUUGGUGCGGAUCAGCGUUUGAUUUCUGCUUAAACCGCUCGUCUCUCUGUGGUCUCAACAAACGCGACGAGAUGCUAAAGUUCAGUCGCUCCAGUAGCAUGUAAAUCAGCUCAUCACACGCAGAUCUGAACUACAGACUAAACUCGAGCUGAUUUCGAGAUGGAAACCGCAGGGCUUCUUACAGUUUUUGGUAAAUGAAGGUCUGAGAAGGUGUAAAGCUGAAUAGUUAUUCAUUAUGUGAUACAGGUGAUUCAUUACGCAAAUGCUACUGUGCUGUCAGACUCUUUGGAUGUUCAACAAUUAAAGUAAAAUUUAUAGUAACGGAACACUACACCUGAAAAUGAUCGUUCCGUCAUUACUUACUCGCUCUCAUUGCAGAAACACACAAGAAGAUAUUUAGUGAAACAUUGGAAACUAAACAACUCUGGAUCCCGUUGACAUUCAUUGUUUGGACAAAACAAAAAAAUCAAAUAUAAAGCAAAGUCAUAAAAAGUUGGUGCGACAUGAGCGGGAGCAGGGUUUCUGCAGGUUUUGUAAAGGUAAAUUUAAGUUCUUAAGGAAAUUAAGGAAUAAAUUGAAAGGAACACAAUAGAUCUGUAUGUUCUCAAAAUGUAAUUAAGAGAGAACACACGAGUUGUAGUAGCAACACUUUUGAAGAGAAAACUUACAGCAGAAAACGUACGGCUUUAAUAUCUCUGCUCCCAAACACUACAAUAUGGGAACACUUGGAAGACUUUCCUCUCGUCUGUAUACCUGCGUCUCUGCUUUCACAUUCUGACCUACUUG